CAGUCAUUGGGUAUUUUUCGAUCGAGAGGGAGCCCGCCGUGGUCCACCUAUACCUACCUACCUAAAUGUGUAUGUUUUUUUUACGCGCCCGUACGAGAAAACGCCGUGACUAAUAAUAUAUAGGUACACUGCACUGUAUCGACAGCGGGCUCGUGGACCGAUGACCUUAUACAUUUUGUAUUGAGUAGGCACCUGACCGUUUAUAAUACUAUUAUACCAGCUAUAUAGACAGUGCUGUUGCGACUCGUGUCCCGCAAGACGCGUACUUACCUAUUACUCAUAUAGUUCCCGCGAUAUAUUAUUAUUUUAUUAAGUUUUAUAGGUCGGACGCGGCUCAACGGUGUCCGGAACGUACAGUUGAAACAAAAUGUCUGUUUUUGUGAUAUUCUUGUUGUCGCUGAGCGUUUUCGUCAGCGGUCAAAGUUUGGGAAAAUGUCCAAAAAAGGAGACUAUGAAGACAUUCGACCCGAAAGAGUUUGAAGGACAAUGGUACGAAGUGGAGAAAACGUUCUACAUGAUGGAGAUGACUGCUAGUUGUACUUCAUUCAAUUUUACUUUAAACCCUGAUGGAACAUCAUACAAAGUACAUAUUGGAACGAAAAAUAGAAUAACGGGAAACCCGAAUAUAUUUUCCGGAAUGGCGACCCUUGUAUCGAAAAGCAAAUCCGUACUCAACUACCAGGCCGAAAGUCGACUACCCGGGUUGUUUUCGCGUAUGAUACCUACCACUGGUCUGUAUCACAUCAUGUACACGGAUUACCACAACUAUACGAUUCUGUGGUCGUGUACAAGUUUUGGUCUUUUCCACACAGAUAUUAUUUGGGUUUUGGGAAGAGAACGAGAUCUCACGGCGACAUCCAGGGCUGAACUUUACAACUUAUUAUACGAAUUGGACAUUAAUCCCGAUCGACUAAUAUUAGCUAAACACGAGAAAUGUGAAGAAUUUUUUUGAUUUUAAUUUAAAUGAAACGCAGAAGUUUUCAAUUGUAAUAAAUGUGCUAGUCAAUACAGUAAGCCGAAUUUGAAUAAUUCGUACCUAUGUUAGAUAUAGGUACAUACUACAACUACAUUAUACAUCGUAAUAUUAUAUAUGUAUAUUUGCAAAUGGACACUAAUGUUGACAAAUAAUAUAAUAAUGUGUAGUAUGCACAACGAGAAAAAAUUCACUUAUUUAUAAUAGGUAGGUACUAGGUUUACAAGAAAAGAAAAUGUUAUUUUUUUAAACUUUACACUAAUUAUUUCCAUAUACCCUUAGUUUUUGAGAUGUGCGAUAUUCUUUAUUCACAUUGUAUUUUCAGUAUUUUUCAUUUUGAAUAUUAUUCAAUAAUUAGAAGUGAGUAAUGACAAAUCUACAUGUUAAACAUGUGUAUGAACAAAAAUACAUUGUUUUUGUAAGAUAUGUAUGGUACUUAUACUAUGUAGAAAUAAUGCUUAAGAUUGCUUUUGAUUGAUUAAUAAAUAUGUUAAAUAUCCCUCAAUUAGCAAUUAUAGAAUAGUUUUUUUUAAAUGGGUAUCCACAAUGGGUAAGAGUGUAAGACUAUACAAAUAAGUAUAAUUAAUAAAAAUAAAAAUCGCUUAGUUGUUUUUCUUACAUAAAAUAUUGAUGACAUUACCUGAAAGUGACUGUGUGUCCAAAUUUUUUUUUUUAUGUGACCUAAUCACAUAAUUAAAUAAUACUAUAUAAAGUAUGUAAAUUAUUAUAAUUAGAUAUCCAGUUUUUUUUUUAUAUAUAUUUAAUUGAAUUAUCACAUUUUUUACUUGGAGAAUACAGAACAAAAUUAAAUUAUUUUAAAAAUGUAUUACAUAAUGAUUAUAUCUAUGUACUAUUCACUAUAGAAAAUUUUAGUGUAAUUAGAAGAAAAAUAAUCAGGUUUUUCUCUGUACUAAUAUAUAUGGGUCACUUUCACUGCAUACAUCUUAUUACAGUGUUAUAAAAAAACUUUUAAGAAAAAUAAUGACUAUUGCAGUACUUAUUAUUUACUAUAUAAUAUAAUUUUCAAAUUAAUUAGACCUAUUAAAACAUAAAAUCCAGCUACUAUUAUUAAUUAUUAUAGAUUAUAAAACUAAAAAAAAUUGAGAUUAUUGAUAGACAUAUUGCG